AUGGUGCUACCAUAUCAUCAUGAAGGUGGUGAGAAGAAGCAAGAAGACGCCGGAAAACCAGAGGAUGCGGCGGCGGUGAUGGAGAUGAGGAAGAGAACCCCAAUUCUACCCCACAACCAAGUUGACGAGUCGAUGAAGAAGAUUAGGAAGAAGAAAAUGAAGACAUUUGGGAUGGAUGAAGAUGAGGACGUUGGUAGAGACAAGAAUCCCAAUGCGGUUUCAAAUUUCAGGAUUUCAGAGCCCUUGAGGAUUGCAUUGAAGACGAAGGGGAUCGAGGCGUUGUUUCCUAUUCAAGCUCGGACGUUUGAAUCCAUCUACGAUGGUCUUGAUUUAAUCGGGAAGGCUAAAACGGGUCAGGGUAAAACAUUGGCCUUCAUUUUGCCGAUAUUGGAGUCCCUAAUAAAUGGACCAGAGAAAGCAUCACGGAGGACUGGAUAUGGUAGAGCACCAACGAUUCUUGUGCUUCUACCUACUAGGGAAUUAGCAAAGCAGGUAUUCACCGACUUUAAAUACUAUGGUGAUGCUGUGGGUCUGACGUCAUGUUGUUUGUAUGGUGGAGGAGGAGCGUCUAUUUCUCCUCAAACUGUGCAAUUGAAAAGAGGGGUGGAUAUAGUUGUGGGCGCAGUUGGCCGUGUUAAGGAUCACAUAGAGAGGGGAAAUCUUGAUUUCAGUUCAUUGAAAUACCGCAUCCUUGAUGAAGCUGAUGAAAUGUUGAGGCAGGGUUUUGUCGAAGAUGUUGAGUAUAUCUUAGGCAAGGUGAAUGAUGCAAGCAAAGUUCAAACCGUUCUUUUCAGUGCAACUUUGCCAGCUUGGGUAAAUCAUAUUGCUUCACAGUUUCUGAAAGUGAACAAGAAGACUGUGGAUCUUGUUGGUGUGGAGGUAAUGAAGGCUAGUGAAAACGUGAGGCACAUUAUCAUGCCUUGCUCUAGUUCAGCCAGAUGCCAGGUCAUUCCUGAUAUUAUUCGCCAUCAUAGCAGUGGAGGACGCACCAUUGUUUUCACGGAGACAAAAGAUUAUUGUUCCGAACUUGCUGGUGUGUUGCCUGGAGCCCGUCCUUUGCAUGGGGACAUACAACAGUCUCAACGUGAGGCAACACUUGGGGGUUUCCGAUCAGGAAAGUUCAUGACACUAGUUGCAACAAAUGUGGCGGCACGAGGACUUGACAUUCACGAUGUUCAGUUGAUUAUCCAGUGCGAACCACCACGAGACGUUGAAGACUAUAUACAUCGAUCUGGAAGAACAGGAAGAGCAGGAAAUUCUGGUAUUGCCAUCACACUUUAUGAGCCAAGGAGGGCAAAUAUUUCCAAGUUAGAGAGAGAAGCUGGUGUGAAAUUCGAACACGUCUCUGCUCCUCAGCCAUCAGAUAUUGCUAAAGCUGCUGGUGCAGAUGCUGCAGAAGCAAUACUUCAAGUAUCCGAUAGUGUGAUACCCGUCUUCAAGUCGGCUGCCGAAGAUCUCUUGAAUACUUCCGGUCUCUCGCCAGUAGAACUGCUGGCAAAGGCGCUUGCCAAGAGCAUUGGUUAUACCGAGAUUAAGCAGAGAUCGUUGCUAACUUCCAUGGAAAACUACGUGACAGUUCUUCUUGAGGCUGGAAGACCCAUAUACACGCCUUCUUUCGCAUAUGGUGUCUUGAGGAGGAUUUUACCCGAAGAAAAGGUGGAGUCCGUUAGAGGUCUUGCAUUGACUGCUGACCAAAAAAGUGCAGUUUUCGAUGUUUCUGUUGAUGAUCUCAACACCUUCCUCGCCGGCCAAGAGAAUGCUGGUGGUGUAAGCUUGGUGGUGGUAAAUGCAUUGCCGCAAUUGCAAGAGAGAGAACAGUCAAGGGGAAGAUUCGGUGACGGCCGUGGUGGAUACGGUAACAGAAGAGGUGGCAGCGGCGGCGGCGGCGGCGGUGGUGGGUUCUCUCGAGGAGGACGAGUUGGUUACUCCGAUCGCCGGAAUGAUAGAUUUCCCAGAGGUUCUGGUGGAGGAGGCAGAGGCCGAGGAGGGUAUAAAAAAUGGUGA